GCAAGCGUUGACAGUUCUAAAUUGGCGAGCGUGGAGAACAGAUGUUUGAUCACAUGAACGAGACAAUUGCUGAUAUUCUAAGUGCGGCAGAAUGUGAAAAAAUCGCCAGGAAUUCGUUAAAACUGCAAAAAGAUGAAAGCAUUAAAAUUGUCAGCUAUGCACUCGAAAAGGGUUCGAAUGAGCUAGUGGGGUUUAUGGGUGAAUAUUACAAGCUACGCAUAAGGGUGCAAGAUGAGCCUAUCAGUGAUGAAAUUAAAGAAUUCUGCUACUUUGUGAAAUCGGUGCCCAUCUCCAAUGAGCUGCAUCGGGACGAGUGUGAACGUAAAUGUUUCUUCCGCAAAGAAGGCUGUGCAUACACGCAAAUAUUACCGAAUAUACAGAAAUUUGCAACUACGAAGUUAUAUCCCGUGUGUUAUUAUGCGCGAAAAGAUUUACUGGUGCUUGAAGAUCUUGCCGCUCCCGAUUUGGGCUAUCGACAUUUGGAAAAUGAGGAGGCAUAUACAGUUAAGCAUUGCAAGCUGUUUCUUACACAUUUAGCUCAGUUACAUGCAGGCAGUAUUGCUUGGGAGGAGAGGGAAGGUGUUAACAUUGGAAGGCAAUUCGAGGACUGCUUAUUCGAGCUGGUAUUGACUACAGAAAAUGAAUGGUAUAUAACAGGCGCCAAGGGCAUCAUCUUUCUUGCGAAAAACUAUCACAAAUUCCAAACUUCUGAAAUACAAAACUUAAUCGACGAGAAACUUUACGCUCUACUCAUGGAUGUCCUGAAGUACACGGAACCCUCCACAAACAUACGCAAUGUAUUCUUGCACCGCGACUCCUGGGAACGAAACAUCUUUUUCAAAUUCGAUGCAAACAACGAACCCUCGUCCUGUUGCAUUGUUGACUUUCAAUUGAGUCGCUACGCGCCACCUGCGCUGGACAUACUCUUCUUCUUGUAUGGCCAAACAACAGCAGAAGAGCGAAAACUGUACAUGCAAGAGUAUCUCGAACAUUAUUUCGCCGAGUUGCAAGAACGAUUCCGCGAGUUAAAGCUACCACCCGACACCAUUACAAAAGUAGAUUUUCUGGAAGAUUGCCGACGCGCCCACCUGCCAGCUCUAAUCAUUACAGCCAUCAUCAAGCCACUAACAAUGAUGCCUGAAGGUUUGUCGAACAAGUGGCGCUCCGAGGAGCAGGAGAAGUUCGACUACUACAUGAAUACGCAACGUGAUGAAUUGUUCACACGCGUUAUGGCUAUCGAUUCCACGUAUGAGGCGAAAAUUAUGUGGCCUAUUGAAGAGCUCAUAGAUCAUUUACUAAAGAAUCCAGAUUUGUUGGAUUAAUAAAAAAUAUUGUAAUUAACUGUAUAUUUUAAUAAUAAAAUAUUUAGUUUUUUAAUAAAACUCAAACACAUUUAAA